AUGAUUCUUCUUAACACUCAACUUCUACACCCCAAACUUACGAUGCUUUUUUCAAGAUAAUAUUGUCUAGGCUGGGUUUGUCAAUUGUCGCCUUCCGGCUGCAGAGGAAGGAGAAGGUGGAAGGAGGGAAGAGAAGGGCGUGGUGGUGGCAAGGGAUUGGGUGAUGAGUUUCAGCUUCUGAUCGAAUACUUUUAGGUUACGAGGACAAGGUUGCGAAUUGUAAACCUCUUAAGGUCAGACAGAGAGACAGAUGUGGUGGAUAGAACUCGCUUCUACCUGUUUAAAGAUUGGCGGAGGGAGAGAAGGUUGUAGGAGUUGUUGGUUGGGAGGCCUCUUCCAGAACCCCAGGUAUCGCAGAAGCCAUUGCAAGGUUGCCCGCAGGUGCAGGAACAACUCGCUCCCGCCUGUUGACCAUCGAAGAGGAAGGAAGAAAGUGGAGAGAUAGAAGAAGGCGAAGGAGAUGAAGAUGAAGCGAUGGCAGUCAGUUUACUCUCCGGGCAAGAAAGAAGCCUCGUCCCAUGAAGCUUAGCUCAAGUCCACAAUCAUGGUAAUCCAAGGAAAUCAACGAGUCAACACAGGUGUCGUUAGACCUCGCAAAUCGCCCUCUUUUGGAUUUUUGUCUUGAAACGGUUGCGGUCGAAGAAGGCUGCCUGUAGAGGGGAUGAGGGCGUGUGGUAGCAAGAUGGCGCAAGACGCUUCAAUGAACGAAGACAUCUUGAGUAAGCUUCCGGAAGAUCUUACAGACAGGAUCUUGGCCCGCCUGCCGCUUCACAGCCUGUUUCGGAUGCGGUCUGUGUGCAAGAAGUGGUCCUCCCUCCUGUUCUCAAGUCGUUUCGUCGAUCUCUACUCAAAGAUCUCCCCGCAGAAACCAUGGAUUGUUCUGUACACAUCAGGAGAAUUGACUUCCGCUUACAAUUGUGUCUCCCGGAAAUGGCACAACAUACCCAUACCCAUACUUUCUCCCGAAAAAUGCGUGCUGGCUGCUUCAGAAGGCUUGCUCUGUUUUGGGAAUGAAUUUUUCCCCUGGCCGCAUCUAUUCGUUUGCAAUCCCAUGACCAAAUUUUGGCAGAAUUUACCGUCGAUGAGCUACAUUAAGACCAUACACGUCGUAGGAAUGACAACAAACCCGAAGACAAAAUCCUUUCGGAUUCUUGUAUCUGGCCUUUUCUUUGACGAGGGCCAAAAUGGUAGGCUGGCAACGGAAGUCUACGAUUCCACAAGUAAUUCCUGGAUCGUUGGAGGAACCCCUUGGCCCAUCAUGGCAGCCGCUUGGAAACUCGGUGCCGGCUACGCCAUUUGGUGUAACGGACUCUUUUACUGUAUAACCUUUUCUCCGUUCGGAGUGAUUGCUUAUGACAUUGAGCGCAGAGUGUGGAGUGAAGUUCAGGUACGUAUGCCCGCUUCCGUUGUCUCCCCCUCUCUUUUGGAAUGCAAGGGCCGGCUGUUGAUGGUGGGAGGUUCCGAGGACGGAGUAUGCUUUGCCAUCCGAAUUUGGAGGCUUGAGCCUGAAAGGAUGGCGUGGGAGGAGAUUGUGAGGAUGCCGCCCGGGAUCUGUAAGGAGUUCGUGGAAAAGCUGCAUCCCUCUAGACAUUUUUUUAGUUUUGGAAAUGCUGGGAUCGUCUGCUUAACCAUUUCCGAAAGCACGCCCGCGCUCAUGUAUGAUUUCUCCCAGAAAUCAUGGCAAUGGCUUCCGGAUUGCCCUUGGCUUCCGGACAUCAAUAAUUGGCAGCUGCGCGGUAUCAGCUUCGAACCUAGGUUGCAUUCUUUUGCGUAGACCCAUGAUACAGUUGGUGUAGGGCUGUUUUCCAGUUUGUACAGAGAACCGGAACCACUUGUUCCCAGGUACAAUCCUUUCUUCUACCUUUCUAGACGUAACUUGCCAUGAUCUUGCAGUGCAGGGAUGACAGCUGAUUCUGGUUGGAAAAUACCCCGUAGCCUGGUUCUUGCUUAGAGUGGGUGCCAUUGCCAACAUGUGAUCUUUGUUUAUUAUGUCGUGGCUUAGUGGGAUACAGUCCUGGUGUCAGUAGUUGAGUGAGUUCGAAUGGAGUAAUGCUUACUGGAGUUAUUGGAGAUACGGUGAUUGCCGGUGUUAGCUGUAGUUCCAGUUGCAUAUCGGUGUCAGUACAUGUUAUCUCGUAAUCAUAUCCACUUGUGCAGGCUGUUGUUCCUCAAUGUCAUUUUUGGUAAAAGAUUUCAUCUA